GCUAGUUCGAUCGGUAGCGGGAGCGGAGAGCGGACCCCAGAGAGCCCUGAGCAGCCCCACCGCCGCCGCCGGCCUAGUUACCAUCUCACCCCGGGAGGAGCCGCAGCUGCCGCAGCCGGCCCCAGUCACCAUCACCGCAACCAUGAGCAGCGAGGCCGAGACCCAGCAGCCGCCCGCCGCCCCCCCCGCCACCCCCGCCCUCAGCGCUGCUGACACCAAGCCCGGCACUACGGGCAGCGGCGCAGGGAGCGGCGGCCCGGGCGGCCUCACAUCGGCGGCGCCUGCCGGCGGGGACAAGAAGGUCAUCGCAACGAAGGUUUUGGGAACAGUAAAAUGGUUCAAUGUAAGAAACGGAUAUGGUUUCAUCAACAGUGCUGUGCUGGAAGAUGAGCCCCCUAGGUUGGAACGUACUCAAAAUACGACUGGGGAAGAUGGAGAUGGAGUAACACCUCCAGGAAAUCCAUUAGUAAUCGGAACAUGGGAUGUACAAGGAAUGAAUGGAAGAAAACUGGAAGUCGUCAAAAAUGAAAUGGAACAUACAAACAUCGAUAUUCUAGGCGUUAGUGAGGUAGAAUGGGCUGGAGCUGGCCGUUUUGAAUCUGGCAAUCAUGUAGUCUACUAUUCUGGGUAUGACACAUUGAAGAGGAAUGGUGUUGCAUUCGUCAUCAAAAAGAGCAUUUCGAGGUCUGUCCUAAAUUACAAAGCUGUCAGUGAUAGGUUAAUAUCCAUACGUCUGCAAGGAAGACCAGUUAAUACGACUGUUAUUCAAAUUUAUGCACCAACCACUGAUGCCAAAGAUGAAGAAAUUGAAGACUUCUACAAACUGCUGCAGUCUGAAAUUGAUCAAACAUACAAGAAAGAUGCAUUAGUAAUCACUGGUAACUGGAAUGCGAAAGUUGGAGACAAAGAAGAGAAACCAGUAGCUGGGAACUGCGGCCUUGGUGAUAGAAACGAAGCUGGAGAUCGCAUGAUUGAAUUCUGCAAGUUCAAUGACUUAUACAUUGGAAAUACUUUUUUUCAACAACAUAAGCGACGACUAUACACAUACGCAUCUCCAGAUGGACUAAACCGGGAUCAAAUCGCCUACUUUUGUGUAAAAAGACGAUGGAAAUGCUUAAUGUCGUUAGUCAGGACAAGGCCAGGGGCCAGGUGUGGAACAGAUCAUCGCUUGCUCCUGUGCAGGUUUCGGUUAAUGUUAAAGAAAAUCAGAGCAAAUCUGCAAGGGCCAAAGUAUAGCCCUGAACGCACCCCACCUGAAUUGACACCAUCUCAAGAGUACUUUGGCGCUCUGAACACUAAUGAGUGAAGACUGGAAGAGUUGUGGGAAGACACCAAGGGCACCAUACACACGUGAAGAAAGUGAAAGAUCAUUUAAAAGACAAAGAAGGAAAAGGACAUGGAACUUUUUAAAGUAGUAGAAUUUUUAGCUUUUAAUAGUUGGAGGGGGUUGUGGGAGGGAGAAAGGGCACAACGGUUUAGAGGACACUGAGCCAUCUGUUAUUGGUGAUGGGAAAAUUUGGGAACAGAUAAGAUACGGGUGAUGUUUGAACAACAUAAUGUAAUUCAUUGAACUGUACAUGCCAGGGUUGUUGAAAUGGUGGAUGUUUUGUUACAUAUGCUUAAACCACAAUAAAUUUUUUUAAAUCUUCAGCUUGAA